CCCAUUUUACCCGCCUCUCUCCGCAAUCCGUCGACCUCGCUUGUCAGCUUCACCAUCGCAGCGAUUCAACCAAUUUUGUCGUCGGACGCCUCGUUGUCCAGACUUCAGACGCCAGCAGGCAACAGAAUGAGCUUCUGAGCAUCCUUAGUCAACAUUCUGUACUCUUGCCUACGUCAAGCCAUCUCCAGUCUUUUGAAGCAGAGCUAGAGCGCGCGCCAUGGCAAACCUCAAUCCAUUCGCCUUUCGGCCAGGACCAGUCUCUUUCUGGUCCACCGUUGUGUACUUUGGCCUAAUUCUCGCAUUAAUCUACGUUCACGAGACAGUCCCCUCGCCACCUGCCGAAUCAAAGCUUCCUGCCGGCGUCAACCUCACCGCGGCUUGGGCAGAUCUGCAAGCCAUCACGAAAGCGUUCCAUCCCUUCAAUACCCACGAAAAUGACGACGUCCGAGACUACAUAAUCUCCAGAUCCAAGGACAUUCUGGAUAAGAACGGCGUCAAGUACACAGUUGAUCAGUCUGGAGGCGUCGUCUGGCCCGCGGCACACGUAGCAUCGACUCCGCGCUCUGCGCCAGUCCAUGCUCUUGACAAGCUCCCAGGUGUAACCCUCUUCGAUGAUCAAGUGUCCAAUGUCACUUUUACCGAUGGUGGGCUCGAUACUCUCGCUCAAGGCCCACUGAAAAUCCAAUACUUUGAAGGCAACAACUUCUAUGCCUACAUUCAUGGUAAAAAGGACCCCGAGGGUGACUGGUGGCACUUAGAGGGGGCCUUUGAUACUUUCCAGAAUGAGGGUGGUGUUCUGCUCAGCUGCCAUUUUGAUUCAGUGUCUACGGGAUACGGCGCUACAGAUGAUGGUAUGUCCUGUGUAUCUCUGCUGCAGCUCCUGGACCACUUCACAACAGAUGGUAAUCAGCCCAACCACGGUAUUGUGAUUCUUUUCAACAACGCUGAAGAAGAUGGUCUGCUUGGCGCGCGCGCUUUUGGCUACAGCCCGAUUCUUAAACUAUGCCAUACCUUCAUCAACCUAGAGGGUGCUGGUGCAGGUGGCCGUGCUAUGCUCUUCCGUACAACGGAUCUGGAGACUGCCCAGGCUUACGGUGUGAGCCCACAUCCCUUUGGCUCUGUCAUUGCUGCCGAUGCCUUUAAGCGCGGCAUCAUCCAAAGUGGCACCGACUAUCAAGUAUUUGCUAGCUCCUUUGGCCAACGUGGAUUAGAUGUUGCCUUUUACACGCCUCGGUCGCGCUACCAUACUGAAGAUGACGAUACCCGCCACACCUCGACCCGAAGUAUCUGGCACAUGUUGUCUGCUGCCUUGGCUACUACUAAAAGACUCGACGAGCUUUCAGAGUCGGUUUUCAGCGGCGAUCGCUCCGACGGACGGAAGGAUCUUAUCCAGAAUGGCAAGUCCACCGAAGGCGUCUGGUUUGACUUUUUUGGACGAGCCUGGGCUGCACUCUCGCUUAGGGGGCUGUUUGCUUGGACAUUGACUCUUCUGAUUGCAACACCCCUGAUACUAUUUGUCGUCACGGUAAUUUUGUUGAAGCAGGACAAGUACUACUUCUUCGCUGGCGACGUCCCAGGUGAUCCUACUACCGCCGAAGAAACAUUCCGAGUGGGCGGAUGGAGAGGUUUCUUCCGCUUCCCGUUAGCUGCUGGCUUUGCUAGCAUGGUGACUAUUGGCUUAGCGUUAUUAUUGGCAAAGGUGAACCCUCUAGUGAUGUACAGCAGCGGCUAUUCUGUCUGGGCUAUGGUGAUCUCUUCAUUCUACUUGUCCUACUGGCUCGUUUCCGGAGGUGCAAGUUAUGUUCGUCCUACAGCACUUCAUCGCGGAUUCACCCUCAUUUGGCUGUUCAUCAUUACAUGGGCAGCGCAAAUCUUUGUUGCUGUUGCUGAGGACAGAAUGGGUCUUGGAUCAUUCUACUUCAUGGCCUUCUUUCACUCUAGCGUUUUCGUCGCUCUCUUGGUAUCGCUGCUUGAAAUGUUUGCUCUGCCUGGUAGAGCAGACUUUGCCUUGUAUCUGCGCAAUGCCGAUGUGCCUGGAAGCCCGUAUCUUGACGCCAUACGAAGUAAUAUUGAUGAUGCUCAUGACGACAUCCCUGAUGAAGAGGUUGAGCCGACUGAGGAGACACCGCUUAGAGCUGAAGAGCCUGGCUACGGUUCAGGCGAAGCCGAAGAGCCUACUACGUUUACUAGCACCUAUCGUAGAGCGAGAGCGAGGGCUGCUGAGGACGACGACGAAUCCAGGAGGACGUCUGAUAUCAAGCUGUACGAGCCUUACCAGGGAGAGCAGUCAUGGUCCGGCAAACUGCCAUCAUGGACUUGGCUUCUCCAGCUUGCAGUGCUAGCGCCCGUUCACAUCAUCUUGGUCGGAUCUCUUGGGCUUGUUCAGACUGCCGCUAUGGCGCAAACGGGUGUCGAUGGCAGUGACAUGAAGACUACAUUGAUUGGCAUUGCGACCAUCUCGAUUUUGCUUCUCUUACCGCUUACACCAUUCAUCCAUCGUGUUCGGAGCCGAGUUCCUACGCUGCUAUUCCUGAUUCUGGUAGGAACCCUUACUUACAACCUCAUGGCCUUCCCGUUUUCCGUCAACUACCGCUUCAAGUACUACUUCCAGCAAGUGAUUGAUGUCGAUACAAAGAGCAACACUGUAUCACUGUACGGUCUUGAGGACCAACUGCGCCAAGUCAUUUCAACGCUCCCUGCUGCAGCUGGUCAGGAGAUUACCUGCGGAUCCUCUGAGAGAAGCGGUACUUGCAAGUUCGAUGCUUCAUCUGUACCGCCUAAUGUGGUUGAGGGCGUGGAUGUAGGCGACCUCAUGAAGGCAUCGCUCACGCGUGGCCCUGAUGGUCGUUCGGCUCUUCUUGAGGUGGACGCUGUCGAUUCAAGAACAUGCUCUCUCGGCUUCUCGCGACCCGUAUAUGGCUUCGAGGUUGAGGGCGCCGCUCCACGAGACACCCGUGUUGGCCGAGACCCGCGCAUGGGCUUUACAACGGCGCGCCUCUGGAGAAGACGGUGGGAAGGCCCGUGGAAGGUAGUGCUGGAGAUUGCCGGCCCUUCCGACAACCACAAGGAGCCACUGGAAGUGGAGAUCCGCUGUGCAUACAGCGACGUCAACGAGGUUCGCAAGAUCCCUGCGUUUGGCGAGCUGCAGCGGUUUGCGCCGGCGUGGUCGGUGCCCAUGAAGUAUAGCGUUGGAUUGGUGGAUGUGCGAAAGACUGUAAAGCUUUGAUAGUCGAUUGAACCCUAAUAAACAAACCCUUUGUAUUAUGUUAUGAUAUAGAAUUCCCCCUAAUUUUGACCACUUUGUUUGUA